AUGGAUAGACGUAUUUUGAUUCUGGUUUCUGGAACUCUACUGAGUUUAAUAAGUGCCCAAUCGCCGGAUAUAACAGAAACGCCUUUGCCCAAGCCUGGACGAUAUGUUCCCUCGCUGUAUGGGGCAAGUGGAUUAUACAUGCCUGAUAAUAGUGGAAAAUAUCAGCACCAGCAUCGACCCUAUGACGGCGGCUAUGGAGAUCGGGGUCAACCAUAUGCCAGUGACUUGCGUGGCAUUUUUAGACAAGCCGAGGAUCAGCUGAGGGCGAGCCUUGAUCAGGCUAACGAGGAAUUCGCAUUGGGACCGAAAGAUCACUUGCGCUUUAUGAUUGACUUUAAUUACAAUGGGACUGGCUGGCAGAUAAUACAAUUUGACUGGGUCCGAGAUGGAGAUGGCGACGAUCAAAAGAAAUAUAACUAUGUCAAUGAAAAUAAGCUAUGGGAAACGGAGAAUCAGGCCCAUGAGCCCCCUGAGCAGGCCUACGUCUAUGAGAAGUCAGAAACCGAGCCUCAAUCUGGAUCAACAGAUGCCAUUUGCGAUCCUGUUGAAAUUCAGCAGGUGGAGGAAGUCGUAGAAGAACCAAGAGCCAAUCUUAAUUCUCAACAGGAUCCUCGUCAAAUUCAAGAAACUAUCAACGAGGUGUUGGAAUAUAUACAACAACGAAUUUUACCCACAUUAAAUCGAUAAUAAGAAUGAACUUGAAAGAUUGUUGGAGAAUAAAAAAUUUAACAAGCGAAAA